GCAACCUGUCGUGACACCCAUAACUCCAGAUAUCGACCCUCUCAAUGGCAUCGUUAAAGGUUGCAGUUAUUACGGGGGCUUCCUCCGGUAUUGGACGCCAUUCAGCUAUCAAGCUCUCCUCCGAGGGUUGGAGCUUGGCACUGACUGCUCGAAGGCUGACUGAGCUCGAAGAGACAAGAUCCCUCUGUUCAAAUCCCGAUGCGUGUAUCAUCGUUGCUGGCGACAUUACAGACGAAGUCUUCGUUAAGAGCUUGUUCGAAGAGACCGUGAAGAAAUUUGGUAGACUUGAUUUAUUAUUCAACAACGCGGGCCUGUCUGACAAGGCUAGCCCCAUCGAGGAGAUGCCGCUCGAGAUGUUCACAUCGGUGAUCAAUGUCAACCUCAUUGCUACGUUCCUUUGCACUCGUGAAGCUUUCAAGAUCUUCAAGCAGCAAACACCCACGGGAGGAAGAAUCAUCAACAAUGGUUCAUUGGCUGCCCAUGUGCCAAGGCCUCAUUCCGUCGCGUACGCGGCUUCCAAACACGCUGUGCACGGUUUAACAAAGACCAUCGCCAUCGAGGGACGGAAAUACGAUAUUUCUGUCACGCAAAUUGACAUAGGAAAUGCACACACAUCCAUGGCCGCAGGGCACACUCUAGGAGCAUUACAGCCUGACGGGCGGAGAGUGGUAGAACCGACUUUCGAUCCGAUACAUGUUGCGGAUGCGGUCGCGCACAUUGCGAGUCUGCCUACUUCUGUCACGGUGCUGGAGAUGAAUAUCAUGGCAACUGGUGCCCCUUAUGUCGGGAGAGGAUGAUCGUCGAUACUACAAUUUCGGACGAAGACGUGGAUAAAUCUGCAGAACAUUUGUCUGAGUGUGUUGACGUUGUUGCAGAUUUCAUGUGUACCACGUACCGUACCGCCUGACAAUGCAUGUAAAAUAAGAACUGUCCGCGUGAGUGAUACAGGGUAUUAAUGUGAAACAAUGCGAUGACCUAUCCCGUCGUGUGCACUCCCAUUACAUAUAGGACGCUUUGUACGCGCACUCACAAGUACAGAACGGUAUGUACAGAGUAACUGUUAAAUAAAUGGUAGGACGUAAAAAUAACAAGAUCAUGUGAGUAUAGACGGGAAAACAGCGGUCGCUGGGUAUGUAAGUAGUCGAGAACGAAAAUGAU